AAAGAAAGGAAACCAGGGCGCUGGCUGCUGGGGUGAAGAGGCAGAAUAAAAAAGAAUGAAAAAUUGCCGUUUAAAACAACAUGGAUGGACCUAGAGGGUGUUAUGCUAAGGCACAGGCCAUGAAAAGGAAUGACAUCAUUGACUUCAAGGCUUUGGAGAAAGAGCUGCAGGCUGCACUCACUGCUGAUGAGAAGUACAAACGGGAAAAUGCUGCCAAGUUACGGGCAGUGGAACAGAGGGUGGCUUCCUAUGAGGAGUUCAGGGGUAUUGUCCUUGCAUCACAUCUGAAGCCGCUGGAGCCGAAGGACAAGAUAGGAGGAAAGAGGACUGUGCCCUGGAACUGUCACACUAUUCAAGGAAGGCCCUCCCAGGAUGAAACCACUGAAAUCUCCCCGGAGAAAACACUCCUCCAGCCCGAGACCUCGGCUGAGUUCUACCGUGAUUGGCGGCGAUACUUGCGGAGUGGGUCAGAGCGCUACGAGGCCCUGCUGCAGCUCGGGGGCCCAAACCUGGGCCGCCUCUUCCAGAUAGAUGUGGGGUUUGGACUUCUAGGGGAGAUGCUGAUGGCGCUGGCUGAUCACGUGAGGCCAGCUGACCGGUGGGUGGUGCUGGGAAUCCUGCGCAGCCUGGCCGGCACCGGCCGCUUCACCCUGAACCUGAGCCUGAUGAGCCAUGCGGAGAGAGAGAGCUGCAGAUCCUUGUUUCAGAAGUUGCAGGCCAUGGGCACCCCCAGCCUGGAGGGGCGGGAUCUGGGGGAGCAGCCUGGUGGGCUUCAGGAAGAGGAGAGUCUUCUGCAAGAGCUGCUGAGGCUGUACCAUGUGGACUGA